AUGAGGGGAAAGCGGAUGCUUGCCGAACUGGUGGUGGCCGGCCUGAAGAAGGCCAGCUUAGCCACUGAUGACCAGUCACCAUCACCAUCACCACAAACGUCUUCAUCGCCACCCCCACCGCCUCCAUCACCCCCACCGCCACCAUCACCACCACCGCCUCCAUCACCACCAGCGCCUCCAUCACUGCCGUCGCCGCCGCCGUCUCUGCUGCUAACAGAAUCUGCUGCCGAUGUUGACUGUGUACCGCUUGGUCCUGAUGGGCCUUGGACGCUGCCUUACAACAGCUACGCGGAGGCAGUAAAAUCUCCACCGCUGAUGACCAAUGGACGCUCUGCGGAUCUUGUGCAAGCUGGAAUUGACUCGGUUUUUUUAGGGACCCCACUUUGA